CACACACCACCCCCACACCCUGCUGCUUCGAUCGAGUUGUGUGAACUGACACUGCGAUCGAUCGAGCGAACAAACAAGCGAGCGCGCGAACCCCCCCACCUUCUCCCUCUCUCCCUCCCUCUCUCUCUCUCUCUUGCUCAUCGCACAGCAGCCAUGUCGUCGCCGUCAACGACAUCCAAUCGGUGGGCAACACCAUCAAAGGCGUCACAGAACAGCCUGCUGCAGCCCACGACGACAACGAUCUCUGGGCUGUCGUCCUUGGCAUCGCCCACCUUGACAUCUGCUUCUUCCACAUCAACAGCAGCAAGAGCGACAGGGAACGCCACGGUUUCCACGCUGCUGCGUCCCAUGACAACAACAAGCUCUCCACAGCACACGACAAGCCACAUCACCCCAUCACCAACAACAAACACCCUGCGAUCAACACCAACAACAACCACAACGCCAACAGGCCAUGUGUUGCACGCAUCGCGCUACAACAACAACAACACCGCCGCCGCCACCAUCACCACAGCAGCAAGAACAUCAAAAACAACAGCAUCGACACUUCGUCUGCAAUCUGGCACACCUUCGUCGGCUUCCACAGCCACAUCCUCGAAGCUGAUGAUGCGCAGCGGUCGCAUGGGCACCACGUCGUCCACCUCCACCUCAGCCUUCGCGCUCAGCACGCGUGGGAGCGACAACGCGCCAGCAUCAUCCACGGCACUGGCCCUGGCGUCCAAUGAGCAGGCGCUGGAAACGGCGCACCUGUCACUGGAGGAUGCCGAGUUUGAGGCGUGGAAGGUGGCACAGGCGCACGCCGCAAGCCGGCUGGUGCAGCAGGCACCCUCCCUGCACCGCCUGCGGCGCCGCGCCAUCAACAACCUCAAGCUGGAGUUUGUCAAUACCGUGGCGGCGUCGCUGAUUGGCGGGCCCAACUUCAAGGAAGCCACCGACCCAACACGCCAGCACCUGCUGAGCCUCACCACGACCGUGCUGGGCGUGGACCCGGAGUUUGUGCUCAAGCUCGCCCUGUACUCGCGCCAGCACCUCAACAUCCGCACCACCAGCAACUUCUUGCUUGCUGCCGCAGCCAACUUCCCGGCCUCCCGCCGCUACCUCUGGCUGUACUUCUCCGACGCCGUGCGCCUGCCCAGCGACUGGAUCGAGGUGGCCGAGCUGUCAACGUCCCUGCACGCGCACAACCGGCACCUUGGCUUUGGCGCGCUGCCCUCGGCGCUGCGCAAGGCGAUGGCCGCCAAGUUCAGCGACUUUGACGAGUACCAGCUGGCCAAGUACAACAAGUCCAAGAAGAAAAACAGCAACAAGAAGAAAGGCGCCAGCACCGACAACAGCGCCAGCGGCAACCGCAGCCGUGUUGCUCGACGGAGGCCCCGCCGAGUCCGUAGUGCAAACACAGCAGACAGCGGCAGGAUGAGCGAUGAUGAUGAUCAUGAUGAUCAUGAUGAUGAUGGUGAUGGUGAUGGUGAUGAUGAGCGUGAAGGCGAAGAAGCGGUUGUGCGCCAGUACUCGAACCGCUCUGAUGAUGAGGAGGAGCUGGAGGCCAUGUCCUUCACCAUGAAGCAGCUCAUCCGCAAGAUCCACAUUGUGGAGCCCGCGUACCCCAUCAUGUGCAUUCUCGGCCGCAAGUACCCGAGCUCGCAGGAGGAGUUUGUGCGUUCGCGUCUGCCUGGCAAGUGGGACGAGAGCCUGGCCGGCAAGCGCAUGCGGCUGCAGGUGCCCAAGACGUGGGAGACGCAGGUGUCUCUGCGCGGGAACACGGCCGAGGUGUGGGAGGACCUGCUUGACUCGAACAAGCUGCCCUUCAUGGCCAUGCUGCGCAACUUACGCAACCUCAUCCUUGCGGGCGUCAGCGAGCGCCACCACAAGCGCGUGCUGGGCAAGCUAACAGACCCUGGCGCCAUCGCCUCCAGCCGUCAGUUUCCCUUUCGCUUCUUCUCUGCCUUUGAGGUUCUGCAUGAGCUCGUGCACCCGGAGACAGCUGCAAGCGGCCACGGUCGCGGUGGUCGUGGUGGCCGUGGUGGCCGUGGUGGCCGUGGUGGUGGACAGAAGGCGGUGAAACCAGCACCACCGGUGACGCCUGAACUGCGUGCGCUCACACAGCAGUACCACGACGCGUUGAACGUGAGCGUGAAGCUUGCCACGCAGUACAACGUGAGCCCGAUUCGCGGCACCACGCUCGUGUUUGUGGAUGUGUCGGCGGAGGCAGCAGCACUGCCGUGCACGUCUGCGCGGGGGCUGGGCAAGCCACGCAUGGUACUUGAGGUGGCGCUGCUGCUGGCACUCAUGUGCAAGAAGGCGUCGGAGGAGUGCACGCUUGUGCUGCACAGCGACGAGUGCGUGCCCUAUGUGGUGACGGUGAGCGGUCGCGAUUUCGGCAUCCUCACGCUGACGAAGCAGCUGGUGGCGGUGAGCGAGCAACUCCGCACAUUUGGUGACACACGCACGCCAACACCGGCAGGCGUGCAACAGCUGUACCGCAGCUACGGCAACAAGACGCAGGCUGCAAACGAGCGCUCUGAGCUGCACAGGGUGGCGUGUGCGUGGUCGGCAGCAAUGGCGGAGAAAAAGACGUGUGUUGGGUUCCCAUAUGCCCUGCUCGCACACCUGACAGCACACGGGCAGCGCCUGGACAACAUCCUCUUCUUUGGAGUGCACUGCACGAUGACGCGUGAGAUUGCCGACCCUCUGCUGCGCCACCGCCGCCUUCUCAAUCCGGAGCUGCUGUGUGUCAUGGUUGAUCUUGCCCAGCGGUCUGCUGGAUGUGUCACCGCCGCCGACGACGCUGGCCCGCUCUCAGAUAUCGAGCGCAAUGAUCAGCUGGAUGUGUUCCUGGCCGGCUACUCCGACGCCAUCCUCAACUACGUCGCCCAGCGCAGCGAAGCAAGGGGCGUGUUGGCGUUUGUGGAGAGCAUCGACUCUCAUCGGCGGCUGCGGGAAAAGGCCAAACCAAAAGGGAGUGGGCUCACCCGCAAGGCACGGCGCCUGCUGGCAGGAAACAAGGGCAAACACAAGUCGUCUGCGCUUGCAUCACGCGGUCACAAGAGGUCACUUGCACGCAACGCGCUGAACAACGGCAGCAGCAGCAGCCACAAUGAUGGCGCGAGCGAGGCUGGGCUGUAUGAUGACACCGUUGGCGCAGAGCCCUUGGGCCUGCUGCCCGUGCCACGCCCACCAAGCACAGGCACGUGGAGGGUUGUGCGCAUCUUUGUGUCGUCGACGUUCACGGACAUGCACGGCGAGCGCAACUACUUCACGCGGAACAUCAUGCCAGAGCUGCGGGUUCGCGCAGAUGCCCUCCGCAUCAAACUUUUCGAGGUGGACCUGCGGUGGGGCAUUACGGAGCACGAGGUGCGCGACCAGACCGCGCUCACCACCUGUCUUCGCGAAGUCGAGAGCAGCCACAUCUUCCUCGCCUUUCUUGGCAACCGGUAUGGGUGGGCGCCAGAGUCGUAUCCUGUGGACGACAGCGACGGCCGCUUUGGGUGGCUCAAGUCGUACCCGCCACAGCGCUCCAUCACGGAACUGGAGUGCCACGUUGGCGGCCUGGCGCACCCGCACGCCUCAAAGAACCGCUCGUUCUUCUGCAUUCGCAGCAGCGCCUUUCCCGAUGAGGUACCUGAUAUGUACCGGUCCAAGUUUGUGGACCACGACGAGGAACAGCGGCGCAAGCUUGAGCAGUUGAAGGAGCGCGUGCGCAGGAGUGGCCUUCCUCUUCUCGAUAACUACCGGGCAGGGUGGAAGGAGGGCGUGAGUGAUGCAUCGACCAUCCUGCCGGCUGCAGCCAACCUCCACUCGUUUGGCCAGUGGGUCUUUGACCAUCUUUGGACCCUCCUCAAGUCAAACUACAUGAUCAACCCUGAGGAUGAUGAAGAAGUGGAAGACGUGUCUGCACCACGCAACGAAUCCAAUGACAGCGACGAGGAAGACACUGAUGGUACCAACACCGACACUGACGAGACCAGCCACGAUGCCUCCUGCUCCUCCACCUCAUCGUCGAGCGAUCUGCCGUUGGAUGAGCAUCAGCUUCGGGCGCAGGCGCUUGCGGAGACGUUUGUGGGCCACGACCAAGAGUUGCAGCAGGUGCAGGCCUUUGUUGCGGACACGCACGUGCGGUCCGCACUGCACGACCAUGCAUGCCUGGUGCACAGCAAGGCCGGACUCGGCAAGUCAGCCUUCCUUGCCAAGUUCUGCGACAUGCACGCAAGCGAGCACGGGUGGGUGCAUGUGCUGCCGUUCUUCGUCGGUGCAGUCCCCGGCUCAUCCUCCUGGUCCAGUGUUCUCAGCCACCUCUGCCGUCAGCUCAAACUCCGCUUUGGCGCGUCGUCAUCAGCAACGGCACAACACGGCACCGCACACGAUGGUGACGACGAUGACGAUGACGAUGGUGAUGCUGGUGAUGGCGGCAGCGGCAACAGUGGUGGUGGUGGUGGUGGUGGUGGUGGUGCAACGCGGGCGGCCGCGCUCAAGGCAAAGCUUGAAGCGCGGCUGAAGGCAGCCAGCAAGGCCGUUCCGCCAUCUCACACGCUGGUGAUUGCCUUGGACGGCCUCAACGCGCUGUCGUCCACACCAACCGGCCGCCACGGGCGACGUGCAGCCACGGGCGCAUCCGCUACUGGCAGUGGUGCUGGUGGUGGUGCUGGUGGUGGGGGUGGGGCUUCCACGGGAGCACAGCUGCUUGAAUGGCUGCCACUGCCGCUUCCGCCCAACGUGAAGUUGGUUCUGUCGGCAACCGAGGGCCCGGUCACACGCGCGCUGCAGAGGAGGUUGGAGGCAGAGACGCGGCUUCGGUUGGCCAAGGUUGCCCUGCGUGCGCUCAGUGCACGCGACAAGGCCGCCCUGGCCCGUAGCAUCCUGCACCGCUACAGCAAGCGACUUGACGAGUCCGCCUUCAACAACCAGCUGAACGUGCUGACCAGCAAGCGCGACGCGGGCCUGCCGCUGUACUUGGAGGUGGCCUGUCAGGAGCUCCGCCUAGGCGCCUCCUUCGAAACCCUGGACGCCAAGCUUGCGUCCCUCGCCGGCACGCUGCCUGAGCUGUUUGGGCAAGUCCUUGACCGCCUGGAGCAAGAGCUUGGGCACGCCCUGGUUGCCUCCUGCAUGCGCCUGCUGCUGUGCAGCCGCGAUGGCCUCCGCGAAGGCGAUCUCCUGGCGCUGUUGCUCGAGCCGCUGCCAGCCUCCGACGCAGCUGCAUCGACGUCUGCAUCGACGUCUGCAUCGGCGUCAUCAACACCCUCAGGGCUGCUGCGCACAUCCACGUCCACCAACAAGGCGUCAUCGUUGCUGUCAACCGCAUCCCAGUGCGGUGUUGCCGCCAGUGGCGGUCAGCGGCAGUACGCGUCUGCAGCAGCCAGGCCACAGCCUGCGGCAUCGCCCCUGCUGGUGAUGAGUCUCGUGCACAACAUUGCGCCCUUCCUCACCCGCCCCUCCCGCACAGCCGCUGAUGGACAGCGCACGUUCCUGCACGCACAGCUCCGCAGCGUGUGCAUGAAGCGCUACCUGCCCGAUGGCGUGACGGGCCGCCCAGCCAAGGCCGUGCACGCCAUGCUUGCAGCGCACUACGACCGCUUGCUCCGCUCCACAACUCGCACAACGACGACCGAAGCAGGUGCACAGGGAGCACAAGGGCGAGCAGGCGCAGCAUCGAGCGUGGACGAACCAGCAUCCCUCGGACGACAGGCACACGGACAGACGCUUCAUGGUGCGUUUGGUGGCACCAGUGGCAACAACGCAGGCAGAAGUGCUCUCGCCCUGUCGUCGUCGUCACUGGCAUCCUCGUCACUUGCGCUGAGCAGCAGCCUGCGCGUGGAGCCACCGGUGACAACGCGUCACGAUGCGCAGCACGCGGGCGACAGCAAUGCCGACACUGGCGCUGGUGCCAGCGCACGGCAAACAGUAUCGGAAGUGCAAGGCCCGCUGUUCAGCAGCGAUGACGCGUGUGCGCUGCUCAACCUCCCCUACCACCACCUCCUCGGCUCCUCCGUGAGUGCUUUCAAGGACUGCGUGUCGCAGUUUGCGUUUGUGGAGGCCGCUGCGCGCAUGGGCCAGCUGCAGCAGGUGGCCACCAUGUACAGCGGCGCGUUCUUCCUGGAAACACCGCUCCCGCCAUCCACCGUCACUUCGCUUGCGAACGACACCGUGUUGGCUGAGCUGCACACGUUCGUUGCGCGGCACGCACGCUUGCUGGCCAGCUACCCACGCCUUGUGCUGCAGGCCGCUGUGAACGACCGCUCGUGCCCACACCUGCGCGCCCGCGCCAUCGCCGCCUUCCGUGACCUCGAAGCCAACGCCACCCUGGUCAAGCUGACUGCUGCCGAUGUGGAUGCGGAUGCCAGCGGCCAUCGCGGUGCUGGCACCUCCCGCACCUCAGCCUCGAGCGUGACGAUGAAGAGCUGGAAGCAAACAGGGCCAGUGCAACGCGGCACAGCCACGCGCGCAGGCGCAACGCAACGUGCGCACACCGCCGAGCAGCAGCAGCAACAACAGCAGCAACAACACCAGUGCGGGAAAGAGACCGGGAGUGAUGCGGCGCAGCUGCUGGUGCAGGCUGGGUCGCCAGCCGCUGUUGUGCCGCCAUCGCCGUUGACAGCGGAGGAUGUGCAGUCCUCGGUCGCUGCGUUUGCCAUCAGCCCCUCUGGCUGCUUUGUCGCGUGGGGGACGCCCGCUGGUGCGAUCACCGUCGCCGAUGCGCAGAGUGGGCAGCGUGUGGCCGUGCUGGAUGCGCACGGUGGCGCGGUAACGGCGCUUGCGUUCACCACCUCGGACCACGAACUGCUGUCUUGUGGAGACGACGACCGCGCGUGCAUGUGGAACGUUGCCUCGCAGGAGCGCGUGCGAACGUUCACGGGCCAUUCACGGAGGGUCACGGCAGCGACGCUGCUGUCGCAGCACCGGCUUGUGGCCACAUGCUCCUGGGACCAGACAGCCCGCCUGUUUGACGCACGCACGGGGAAGCCCACCUCCAUCCUGCGCGCCACGCAGGGCCCCGCUAACGCGCUGGCGACAACUGCGGACGAUAACACCGUGGCUGUUGGCCACUGGUCCGGCGCCGUGGUCGUCUGGGAUGUGCUGGCUGCGUCCACCACCAACGAUGCGGAACAGGCCAGGCUCACCCGCGCUCCAGAUCAAAGCAUUGCAAGCAACCGCGGCCGUGGUGGUGGUCGUGGUGGUCGUGGUGGUCGUGGUGGUCGUGGUGGCCGUGGUGGCCGUGGUGGCCGUGGUGGCCGUGGUGGUGGAAGAGGCGGUGCGUCUUCAUCAUCGUCACGGCAGGGUAAGCCGUUUGUGCUGGAACGCGCUGCACCGGGCCCAGCAGCGGUGGUGCUGAAGACAGGAUCGCCCGUGCAGGCAUUGCGGUACAACCCCCAUGGCUCCAGCCUUGCCGUGGCCUGCAAAUCCGGUGACGUGACUGUGUUUGCCAUGCCGUCCGGGAUACGCGUUGUCACGUUCAACGCGGUGCCCCAGCCCUCGGUCACACCCCUCGCCCUCAGCAUGUCUGCAGCCACGCUUGCGCUUGGCUGCUCGGACGGCGCCGUGCGCGUGCUUGAGGCGGAGCCUGGCGAGCUCUCCCUGCACCGCAGCGCGCUGGCUGGGCCCACCUCCUUUGCGCGCGCAGAUGCGACGUGCAUGUGCGUGCACCGCGACGCCGUCGUGCUUGUCGGCUAUGGCGAUGGCACCGUGGCCUCGUUUGACCUUGAAGGAAACGUGGUGCGGGCACAGCUCGUGCACGACCGCGCCGUGUCGGGCAUCUCCCCGGACACGCGCACGGACAGCGUUGUCUCGUUUGGGCAGGACCGCCGCGUGGUGCUGAUUGAGGGCGUGAUGCGAGGCGUCGACACGGCAGCGGCUCGCUCCUCCUCCUCCUCCUGGCGAACGUCCGCGCUGACGCACGACGUGGACGUGCUGUCUGCGUGUGUGCUGACGCGCAACGAGGUGGCGAUUGGCGAUGUGGACCGGCACCUGCACUUUCUGCGGCGCCAGCAGGACGGGUCGUUUGCGCGCAUGGCUGUGGCCGCGUCGCACGAGGGCGGCGUCUCUGCGCUGUGCCGGCACCCCAGCCAGCCCACGCUGUUUGCUGGCGGCUGGGACGGCAAGAUUGUGCUCGCACACACCAGCAGCGCGCACGUGCAGGAGGAAGAGGCCAACGUGCACGCGGACCGCAUCACGCAGCUGUGCGUCAACGCGAAUGGCACGCGCCUGGUGAGCACCAGCAAUGACGGCCUGGCCAAGGUCUUUGCCUACCAGCGCAAGGGCUUCCGUGACACGCCUGCAACCACCACCAACACCAACACCGCGUCUGCAGCGUCAGCAGAUGUCAAGGCGCCGCGAACAAAGCCGUACAGCCUGCGCCUGCUCGCCGUGCUGGCUGGUCACGAAGGCAUUGUCACGGAUGUGGCGUUCCUUGGUGUGCACAUCUUCACCUGCGGCAUGGAUGGCACCUACCGGUGGUGGAGCGAGGACGGUAGCCUGCUGGCCACCAAGCAGCAGCCCAUGGAGGAGUGUAUGGCCGUGGCCGCCACAAGCACGCCUGCCCGUGGCGCUCGCAGUGGUGGUGAUGAUGGUGUCGGCUUCGUGUAUGUGUGCGGCUCCGAGGGUGCGCUCAUGUGCUGGCGCCCAGACCGCUUGGCACACGUGACAGACAUGACUGCGCACACCCGCGACGUGACGUGCGUGACGCACACGAGUGAGGACCAGGUGCUGGCGGCGUCCCUGGACGGGCAGUACUCCAAGUGGCAGGAGCCAACUAACAGCAUGCUCACACUGCUGUCACGUGCCAUGCGCCUGCCGGUCGUGCGUGCAGCGGGCACGGCGCCGCCUCGCCUCGUGGAUGUGCUGGCAAUGGUGGAGCGCGCAGUGGGCGAGGACGCCAGCACCGCUUCUGCCAACAGCAGUGGCAGUGGCAUCAGCACCACCGAGAAGCGGUCCAUCCUCAGCGGUGGCUCUGGCCGCACCAGGGGCACAACAUCCACCACCUCCUCGUCUCGCCGCCACACACGCUAUGGAGCGUACAAGGGGCGUGGCGCCGUCGAUCACACGCAGCAGCUGCACAUGCUCACGCCCGUGUCGUUGCACCACCACCACAGCGCCGUUGUUGGUGUUGUGCCCGUGUCGAGCGGCGGCUCCGUGGCCAUGACGGCAGUGGAGGCUGGCGAGGUCUCGCUGCGCCUGUUCAGUGCUGCAGCUCAGGAGGCCGCGGGUGGCGUUGGCGAUGAUGACGGCGACACGCUGCCCGUCGCUGUGAAGCGCUUGCGCGUUGCUGGCGGUGCGGGUGACGGGAACAUUGUGCGCUCGCUAGUGGCGCUUGAAGUUGACGGUCAGGGCAGCAGGAGCACCGCCACCGCCACUGUAAGGAGCACUGUUGGUGGUGGCGGUGGUGCACUCACACAGAGCGGGCAGCAAGGCGCGUUGCAGCAGCAACUGCAGCAGGCCACUCGCGUGCUUGUUGUUGGCGUGCAGGAUGUUUCGCUGUUGAACGUGGCGCUGGGCAGCAGCAGCGCUGCGGAGGUGGAUGCCAAGGUGUUGGCACGUGUUGACGCGCCACACCCCAUUACGCGGGUGGUUGUGGCGCAGGCACCUCAGCGGGUCAUUGUGUGUGGCUGGUCGGGGAUGGUGCUGGUGUAUGAUGCGCAGCUGCGUGACAUGCAGCGCCCGGUCUCGUUCCGCGAUAAGCACUUUGCCGUCGACGCUGCCGUGUCCCCUGGCGGCAGCAUGGUUGCUGUGGCGUACGAACACGGGCUUGUGGACGUGUUUCGGCUGGGCUCUGCUGCCGUUGAACGGCUGGCGUCUGUGCGCGCAACAGAGUGCAACAUCAACGGGACGUGGGCCACCAACGUGGCCUGGCUCAAGCAGGGCCUGCUGCUCACCACGUCGUCCGGCGCUGUGUGCUGCUGGCGCUGCGACGAGGCUGUCGGUGGCCCGCUGCUCUCUCGCCAGUACGCCGUUGUUCACGCGCACUCGUCGCCAAUCACCGCCUGCUUUGCGCCUGCGUGUGGUGGUGGUGGUGAUGAUGAUGGCGGCGGCGUGGCGGUGGUGGUGACGGGCGAUGCGCGCGGCAUGCUGCGCGUGUGGCACUGUCGCCGUCACGGGGAGCGGACCACGCGAGACAGCGAGCUGAGCGUGCAGCCGCCCCAGCUGGUGCUGGUGGGCGCAGUUGCUGUUCCCGGCAGUGUCACUGCGUGCACCCUGUCUGCUGAUGGCACCCGCCUCCUGGUUGGAACGGCUGCGGGUGGCAUGCAUGUCUUUGACCGCUGGCUCACAGCCGGCAGUGACUGAGCGUGGCUUGUUGUGGUUGGUGGAUGGGUGGUGGUGGUGGUGGUGGUGAGAUUUGUCUCUUGCGGUGUGGAGGGUGUGGAGGGUGUGGAGGGUGUG